UUUGCGCGUCGGUGCAGUGAAGCGUCGAAUCGAAUAUAAACACCACGCCCGGCCUGUUUUGCGCGACGACGACGACAGCACUUCCCCUCCACUCAAUCAGGUCCCUUCAAUCGCGUCACCACGCAGAGAAGAGGCGCGUCCAAGACCUCCUCGCGACUCCAGCACCGCGGCGACAACAACAGCUCGCGCAAAGCUCCCACCCACGCCCAGCAACAUGGCCCUCUUUGGCACGAGCUCGGCGGCGGCGUCGUCAGCCAGCACGACGCAGGGCGACACCAAAAACGACAUCGAAGUCAGCCCCGUGCCGACGGACAGCAUCCAGGAGCUGCAGUUCUCGCCGACGGCCGACUUCCUGGCCGUGGCGAGCUGGGACAAGAAGGUGUACAUCUACGAGAUCAACGGGAGCGGCGCGAACGGAAAGUGGAUGUUCGACUGCCAGGGCUAUGUGUUGGGACUGGGCUGGUCCAAGGACGGCGCCCGCCUCGCAGCCGGCGACUCAACGGGCAUGCUCAACAUCGUCGACCUGCGCAGCGCCCCGGCCAGCGGCCAGAUCCAGGCGCAGCAGGCCAAAGCCCACGCCGAGGCCGUCAAGUGCGUGCGCUGGUUCCAGAUGGGCGGCAAGGACUUUGUCGCCACGGGCUCGUGGGACAAGACGGUCAAGUACUGGGACCUGCAGGGCGCCGAGCCCGUCGGCACCCUCAACACCACCGAGCGCGUCUACAGCAUGGACAUUAAGAACGACCUGCUCGUCGUCGCUACCGCAGAGCGCCACAUCCACAUGGUCAACCUCAACGAGCCCACCAAAAUCUACAAGACCAUCACCAGCCCGCUCAAGUGGCAGACGCGCGUCGUGAGCUGCUUCACAGACGCGUCGGGCUUUGCAGUCGGCUCCAUCGAAGGCCGCUGUGCCAUCCAAUACGUCGAAGACAAGGACGUUGCCCUAAACUUCUCCUUCAAAUGCCACCGCCAACAAGACCCCUCAAACCGCGACGUCGCAAAAGUCUACUCGGUAAACGCCAUAUCCUUCCACCCCCAGCACGGCACCUUCAGCACCGCCGGCAGCGACGGCACCUUCCACUUCUGGGACAAGGACGCAAAGCACCGUCUAAAAGGCUACCCCGAAGUCGGCGGCAGCAUCACCGCCACGGGCUUCUCCAAAGAUGGAAAUAUCUUCGCGUACGCCGUUAGCUACGACUGGAGUAAGGGCUAUGCGAAUAAUACGCCCCAGUAUCCGUUGAAACUUAAACUUCAUCCUGUUGUGGGGGAUGAGUGUAAACCUAGGCCCGGGAGUAAGAAGAGGUGAGCUUGGGGCGGGGAUGGCGCGUAUGUCGAGAGGGACGUUUCGCCUUUGAGUGGGAAACACAGCGCAGUGUAACACAAUGUAGCGCAGCUGUGUGUUUGUAGCUUGGAUCUCAGAUAUCACAGUAUCUUUUUCUUCUUUUUUGUUUCUGCAUUAGCGUUUUGGAUUGGAUGGAUUGGAUUGAAUGGAUGGCUGGGCGUCAAAUACGGAAGAGAAGGAGCAAGAAGGAGCAAGAGGAAGGAGAAGAAGAAGGGCCCACGGGCUCGCUUUUUCGUGUACAAAAAACAUGAUUGCAACCCUCAAUUCCCGAAUG